UUAGUGUAAACAUGUUUGAUUUCUAUGAGGAAUCCCUUGCUAGAAUCAGAUUAAUGUCUAAUGAGCAGUAGCUUGAUCCUGAUAAUUAGUUAUUCAAGCUUUGAAAUGUUUUUUUUUCUUCUUAGUCCGAUUCAGAUCUAAGGAUCUCAAAACUGACAAUGUAAUCUUCUGUGCAGCAAGCUGUUGAUUUAUCAGUCGCAGCUCCCACAAUUGCUUCUGCUGCUCUGUAUGGAAGGUCCGGUGAGCUAAUGGAAAAAUGUGUUGCAUUUGCAUUGGCAAAAUUGCUUCUGCUGCUCUGUAGUUGUGCUCAGGGGAUGAAUCUGGUCCUUGCAAAGAGUAUUGAGCAGGGUUUGAACUUGAAACUGAGGGAACUGGCUAGGAUGAGGAAGAGGGAUUGCAUCUCUCCCUCUCCGGACAGAGACAUUGAUUAUUCAAGGGCACAAGAUGAUCAGGACAGUACAAGCCUUGAUUUGGAGAUGGGAACAUCUCUUGAGAAUCUGACACAUGAUCAAGCAUUAAUGGAGAUUUCUCCAACACCAACAAAAGAAGAAGAAGGAGGAGAAGGAGGAGGAGGAGGAGGGGAUGGAGAAGAAAAGUUGUCCGAGAAGAAGAGCAUCUUUGACUCAUUGGACAAAACACUUGUGACGAUGCUUUUCACUAUAACCAUCACAAUGGCAGGUUCUGUGUGGGCUUACGAUGGAAAAGGAGACUUGAAGCUCAACUCUUUCCCUUUCCAUUCAUUCUUCUUCAUCGUGAUGCUCAGUUUCUAUGUCUCCCUCAUUGGAAUCAUCAUCAGCAAUAGGUUUCCAUCGGUGGCUCGAGGGUUAUACGUUGUUGCCUUUUUAUGCAUCAUAUUAUCACUAACCCUACUCUUUGGUGCCAUUCUUCCCGACGUGAUGGAUGUUGUGCCCUGGAUUUUUCUGGCAGUUUUGACAGUAUUAGUCAUUUCUCUAGUUUUGUAUGAAAACUGUUGAUAAUAGAGACUUG